GGGCGGGGCUCCGAGCGAGAGCGGAAGAAGGAGCGUGGGUAGGCCGUUCCUUGCGAGGUGCGAGCCGGACAACGUGCUUGCAAGCAUGCUCCGCUGUACCCGAGCCUGGAGGCUCCCCCUUGAGGGGCUCGGCCCGCACAGUCCUAGCUUCGCGAGGGUGCCUGUCGCACCCAGCAGCAGCGGCGGCCGAGGAGAGGCCGAGCCGAGGCCGCUUCCGCUUUCCUACAGCCUUCUGGACGGGGAGGCAGCCCUCCCGGCCGUCAUUUUUCUGCACGGGCUCUUCGGCUGCAAAACUAACUUCAACUCCAUCGCCAAGGCCUUCGCCCAGCAGACAGGACGUAGGGGAUGACCUGGAGCUCACCACCUCUUAUGGCAGCCCGUUCUUCUGUGCUCCUACUGUUGGAAAUUCCUGGAGUCUCGUUCCUGGCAUUCUCCGGGAUUACCCCCCAGCCUGGCCAGCCCUUCAGAGACGUGGUCACAACCCUGGGGCCUGCUCUUCUCUGGCAGAGUGGCCCCAGGUUCUUCAUCUGGGCCUUCUAGGUGCUGACGGUGGAUGCUCGUAACCACGGUAACAGCCCCCACAGCCCAGACAUGAGCUACGAGAUCAUGAGCCAGGACCUGCAGGACCUCCUGCCCCAGCUGGACCUGGUGCCCUGUGUCGUCGUUGGCCACAGCAUGGGAGGGAGGACAGCCAUGCUGCUGGCACUACAGAGGCCAGAGCUGGUGGAACGUCUGAUUGCUGUAGAUAUCAGCCCAGUGGAAGGCACAGGUUCCUCCCACUUUCCUGCCUAUGUGGCAGCCAUGAGGACCGUCAACAUCCCAGAUGGGCUGCCCCGCUCCCAUGCCCGGAAACUGGCAGAUGAACAGCUCAGUUCUGUCGUCCAGAACCUGGCCGUACGGCAGUACCUGCUCACCAACCUGGUAGAGGUAGACGGGCGUCUCGCGUGGAGGUUGAACUUGGAUGCCCUGGCCCAGCACCUAGACAAGCUCUUGACUUUCCCACAGAGGCAGGAGUCCUACCUCGGACCAACACUCUUUCUCCUCGGUGGAAACUCCCAAUUCGUGCAUCCCAGCCACCACCCUGAGAUUAUACGGCUGUUCCCUCGGGCCCAGAUACAGACGGUGCCGAACGCUGGCCACUGGAUCCACGCUGAACGCCCACAGGACUUCAUAGAUGCCAUCCGAGGCUUCUUGGUCUAAGAGUUGCUGGCAAGAAGGGGGCUGGGCGCAGUGGCUCAUGCCUGUAAUUCCAGCACUUUGGGAGGCUGAGGUGGGAGGAUCACUUGACAUCAGGAGUUCGAGAGUAGCCUGGCCAACAUGGUGAAACCCCAUCUCUACUAAAAGUACAAAAAUUAGCCUGACGUGGUGGUGCACGCCUGUAAUCCCAGCUACUCAGGAGGCUGAGGCAGGAGAAUCACUUGAACCCAGGAGGCGGAGGUUGCAGUGAGCCGAGAUCACACCACUGCACUCCAGCCUGGGCAACAGAGCAAGACUCUGUCUCAAAAAAGACAAAACAAAACAAACAGGAGGCACAAAACCCAGGCUUCCAGUCCCUGCAGCCUGCUCCACAUUUGGGCACAGAAGGACUCAGACGGGCACUGAGUGGGCACGAGGUUUUACAGGAGUGGUCAGACCUCAGGCUUUAAUGAAUAAAGACAUUACUCUCCAA